UGCUUCGAUCCAUGAAUACUUGUUUCCCGCUUCUUUACAACUAUUCGCAGACUCGUUAGGAAGAAAUUUAACAGAUUCGAUCCCGGUCAAAAUACUAGGUGAUAGGGAUAUGGGUCUUGACCUCUUUGGGGAUUAG